AUGUUGUUUGUAUGGUGGCUUGUGGCCCUAGUUGCCUGCUACCUGGGUCUGCGAGUCGUCGAGGUCAACGAUAAGAACUUCGAGGAAGUGGUGCUCAAUUCCCCCGACCAUGUCCUCGUCGACUUCUACGCCGACUGGUGUCGCCACUGCAAGAAGCUUGCUCCAGAGAUCGACAAGGUGGCCGAUAUGUUUGCCGAACACGACAAUGUGGUGAUUGCGAAAGUGAACGGUGACAAGGACGGCAAACGGUGGGCGAAGAAGUACGUUAAGCUCGGCUACCCCACCGUGUUGUACGUUGGUCCCAACAACAAGGAAUCGAUUGAAUUUGAAGGCGAUAGAGUGGCUCAGCUGUUGAGUAACUUUGUCCAACAACUCUCGGGUAUUCGUCUUGGCGACGUUGAGCCCCAGGCGCCGGUGGCCGAGGAUGACUCUAUUGAAAUCGAUGUGAAGGGUGCCGACGACGAUGCCGAAGCUCACGAAGUGGUUGAACUUGAUGAUCUUACGUUUAACGACUUUGUUGAAGGUAAAAACCUGGUGGUGUUGUUUUCCGCUGGGUGGUGUAAGCUGUGUGACCAGUUCUACCCCGUGUGGAACUCACUCACACAAGUGUACCGCAACGAACCCGUCCAAUUCGGCAAAGUGGACAUGGAACUGCCCCGGAUCCGUUUGCUUCGGGAGAAGUUCACCAUUGAUAAGAUUCCUUCGGUGGUAUUUAUGGGGUCUUGGGGAGCCAGUGUUUACAACGGCAAGCGCGAGUUGGGGCUGCUUGUAGACACCGUCAACGAAGCGUUUGGGUUGCACCGUGAUGUUCUGGGUGAACUCAAGGACGGGGCUGGGGUCGUUGAAGAAUGGUCUAACUUGUUGUCCGAGGGUAAGUUGGCUGAAUUGUUGGAGGCAACCAAAGGUGACAUGUCGUUCCUGGCAAGAUACUACCGGGUGCUUGCCACUGCCAAGUACAACGGGAAAACGUUCAAGAGUGAAUUGAACCGAGUGUCACUGGUGCUUGAAAACAAUAAAGAUAAGAUCAAGCCGGCUUUGGCGGAGUCGUUGCUCCGUCGUCGGAACAUUUUGCAAUCCCUCAAAUGCAAGUGUAUGAGUGAGUAG